AGAUCGUCCCCGCGUAUCUCGCACCUACCCGCUUUAUUCCUCGCCCUCUCCUCCUGGCCGCAUCUUCUGCCACGACGCGGCCGGAAAUUUCCCAACUUUUCGCCUCCCGAAGUACCUUCUCCUUAAUCCGGCGCUUCUUCUCCAGUUCCCUUCCGCCGCCUGUGGGAUUUCCGUCUAUCCCCGGCGACGGCGUUCUGAACUUCUCCCUCUCUGCCUCUCCUCCAUUCGUGGAAUCCCCGUUGCAUCACUUGUUCCGGCACACCCUAGAAUUUCCGAGAUGGCGAUCAGGAUCACGGCUGUUUAUUCGGGCUACAUCGCACAAUCGCUUGCAACUGGAAUCAGGUCCGGCAACUGUAGGCUCUUCCAGGACUGCUGCUGGUCCCGAGUUUUCCUCUCUAAACAUAGGGCCGAUCUCGAUCAGUCGCCGAUCAAUUCUUCCACCGCUAGUAGUCCUUACCGAGUAAGGGCUCAUCGGAGUUGCGGGUCCUUGGCUGGCAAUCUUCUCCCAGAAAAAUGUAGAGCUCCGGUUUUGGCUGGGUUGGCCUCCGCCAUGAAGAUCUCCGGGGUUUCUUGCUCGGGAUCGGCUGGGAUGGGCGUGUUCGGGGUAUCGUCGGGGUUGAGUUCGGCCUCGAUCAUUCCCUUCUUCCAGAGCUCGAAGUGGCUUCCCUGCAACGAAUUCUUUCAGGGUUCUGAGCGAACGAUAUGCGUAAAAGAGAGUGGUUUUGCUAAAGAAGAUAGUGGGGUUUUGGCGGAGAAAUCGGAGGAGUCGAUGAACAAGUUGGCCGAACUUCGGGAGAGCCAGAGUCGGCGUAGUUGGCUCCCUCAGUGGAUCAGCUUCAACUCAGAUGAUGCAAAGAUGCUCUUUACAACAGUGACUGUUUCGCUUCUGUUCAAGUCAUGUAUGGCGGAGCCGAGGUCCAUACCCUCGUUCUCAAUGUACCCCACGUUUGAUGUGGGCGACCGGAUAUUAGCAGAAAAGGUGUCGUACUUCUUCAGAAGACCAGAAAUUCAAGACAUAGUGAUAUUCAGGGCUCCACCUGCAUUGCUGGCCAAGGGUUACAGUCCAAGAGAUGAAUUUGUCAAACGAGUUGUCGCUACUGAAGGGGACAUUGUGCAGGUACGAGAUGGAAACUUGGUGGUAAAUGGCAUUGUUCAAGAUGAAGACUUCGUCUUAGAGCCGCUUGUGUAUAAGAUGGAAGCAGUGCGGGUGCCUAAAGGCUGCGUAUUCGUGCUGGGGGAUAACCGCAACAACAGUUUUGAUUCCCAUAACUGGGGUCCACUUCCUAUAAAAAAUAUUGUGGGCAGGUCCAUACUUCGUUAUUGGCCUCCCUCUAGAAUAUCCAACACUAUUUACGAGCCACGGUCGGAACAAAUUGUACCUGCGCUCAGCUGAUUGACGAAGUUCCAUUUAAGCUGCUGCAGAAACUUCGUUUCUAUAUAUAUUUUUUUUGUCUAGCAGUUUUUUCAUUCCAUUUUGUGUACUACGAUUUUGGUUAGCUUGUGUAAAUACUGGAAAUUUCGAAUUCUGUAUUUUUUUUCAAUUUCAGACACAAAACAACAAGACGUAUUUCGUAUUCAUUGUAGUGUUUAAUCGAAAGGAAAUUCACAUUUGUAAA